GGGAUUUAGAACAAGGCACACAACCAGAAAGAAGUGAAAACCAGUGACGCAAUCCAAAAGCGGAGUGAGUAUAAAUGGCCUACACAAUGAGACCCUGGUUGAUGUUCGUAGCACUCGUGUGUGUGCUGGUCUGUCUGGGGCCUUCCGUGGAUGCUUACCCGCCCAAGCCAGUGAGCCCAGACAACAAUGCCCCACCAGAGGAAUGGGCCAGAUACAACACUGCUGUGCGACACUACAUCAAUCUCAUCACUAGACAGAGGUAUGGGAAGCGCUCUGCCCCUGAGCCAGCGGUGGCUUGGGUGCUGUUGAGAGACGAACCAGAAAGUGACUUGUCCCAACGUUCGGACGGCAGUGCUCUGUGGUAAAUGUCUGCCCUGUCCCUCUGCCACCCUCCUCUACUCCUCCUCAAAGGGUGAUCCUGACAGCCGUUCUAACAGCCUGCUCAACUGGCAGCCUUCAUUGGACUGUGCGCCAACUAUUUCUGUUCGACGUGCGUGCAUUCAUGCAUGCAUCGCUCUCUCUCUACCUCUCUCUCUCUCUCAUCGUUCCUCAA